AUGGUCCCAGAGGAACCAACUCCCACGAAAGUCAAUGUGGUUACGGAGGAACCAACCUCACUGAAAUUCUAUGUGGUCCCAGAGGAACCAACCUACACGAAAAGGAACCAACCUACGAGAGUCAAUGUGGUUACAGAGGAACUAACCUCACUGAAGUUCUAUGGUCCCAGAGGAACCAACCUACACGAAAGUCAAUGUGGUUACAGAGGAACCAACCUCCCUGAAAUUCUUAUGUGGUCCCAGAGGAACCAACCCAUUAAUGUCAAAGACAAUGGGAGAGAACUAACCUCACUGAAGUUCUAUGUGGUCCCAGAGAACCAACCUAACCCACUGAAUGUCAAUGUGCUUACAGAGGAACUAACCUCACUGAAGUUCUAUGUGGUCCCAGAGGAACCAACCUACACGAAAGUCAAUGUGGUUAAAGAGGAACUAACCUCACUGAAGUUCUAUGUGGUCCCAGAUGAACCAACCUCUGAAUACCCAGCAUCCCCGAAUGAGGAACCAACUAACCCUGAAAGUUCAAUUUGGUUAGUCAAUGUGGUUACGGAACCAACCUCACUGAAAUUCUAUGUGUCCCCAGAGAAACAUGGUCCAACUCUCACUGAACCUUUUUAUGUGGUCCUAGAGGGGACCAACCACAGGAAAUUCAAUGUGGUUACGGAGGACCUCCUGAGUUCUAUGUGUGGUCCCCAGGAACCAACCUCCCCGAAUGUCAGUAUUAGCACAGAGGAACUACUUUCACUAUGUGGUCCCAGAGGAACCAACCUCACUGAAGUUCUAUGA